CAUCACGGCCUUAAAUAUUCCCGUUGCUUCUUCCCAGCCGUCCUCACCAUCACCGCUCAGCCACCGUAAAGAGCCUCGCGAGCCAACGAUGUUUCUGUAGUUAAGCUAGCUUGAAGUUACACAUCAGCGUUCAAACAAUUGUUUCUGGCAGACACCGCGGCCUCUCUGUCCGCUCUGUUAAACAGACUCUCUGCUUCCAGCACCGGGUCCUCCCUGGGGAGAAAAAAGCGCCUACUGGGCUUCAGUGCGGAAAAAGGGUGGUGGAGAAGUGGACCGAGCUAAAUCGGGCGUGGUAGCAAGAAAAAACCCAUUCUUUCUUUAGCAAAACUUCAAAAAGUAGCAUCCACAAUGUCGCUGUCGGUACCGCAGAACGGAGUAAAGGCGGAUAACGAACCCGUUAUCGAGCUGUUUGUGAAGGCGGGAAGUGAUGGAGAGAGCAUUGGGAACUGCCCCUUCUCUCAGAGGCUCUUCAUGAUCCUGUGGCUUAAAGGAGUCGUCUUCAACGUCACCACAGUCGACCUCAAGAGGAAGCCAGCAGAUCUCCAGAACCUGGCCCCCGGCACACACCCACCCUUCAUCACCUUCAACGGUGAGGUCAAAACUGACGUCAACAAGAUCGAGGAGUUCCUUGAGGAUGUCCUUUGCCCACCCAAGUACAUAAAGCUUGGUGCAAGACACCCAGAGUCAAACACAGCUGGUAUGGACAUCUUUGCCAAGUUUUCAGCAUACAUCAAGAACUCAAAACCAGAUGCAAAUGAGGCUCUGGAGCGUGGUCUACUGAAGACACUGCAGAAGCUAGAUGAGUACCUUCGCUCACCACUGCCCGAUGAGAUUGACCACAACAGCAUCGAGGACGUCAAGGUCUCCAACCGCAAGUUCUUGGAUGGCGAUGAAAUGACUCUGGCUGACUGCAACCUGCUGCCAAAGCUGCAUAUAGUUAAGGUGGUGGCCAAGAAGUACAGAGGCUUCGACAUUCCCAAAGAGAUGACGGCCAUCUGGAAGUACCUGAACAACGCCUACACACGUGAAGAGUUCACCAACACCUGCCCCAGUGACAAGGAGAUCGAGAUCGCCUACGGAGACGUAGCCAAGAGGCUGGUCAAAUAAACUCCUGUGCCCUGGCCCUCCUCCCUCUAUCCAUCACCCACACAUAACCUCCCCCUCUACAAUCCCCUGCACCUCUCUCCUCCUCAGCACCGGGACUGAUGUGCUCAUUCAUGAGAAAGAAAAAACUCUGGACUUCUUUUCCUUCUCUCCUCAUUUAGAGCGAACCCCCCCAAUGCAUGAACCCUUCUUGAUCAGUUUUUUUUUCCCCUCAGAUUUUAUGAAGAUAUCUUUAGUUGGUACAGCAAAGGUCACAGUUCCACCUUGAAUUACUUUUGUUUUUCGUCUGCUGAUGAAUGUUGUGAGGCAUUGUGAGAUGGUGAGGUGAUGGAGAAGCAGCCAUUGAUAAGCACUGAUACAUGUGUAUCAGUGCAUAUCAAUGUCAGGAGCCUCAUGAAACACACUCCCUGAUAAGUGACCUUCAAGAUGACCUUCUCUCUGUGCAAAGGGGGAAAGGUCACGAGCUGUUGUUAAUUUUCUUUUGUCUGUUUAAUAUUGAAGUCGCUCUUUCUAGGUUUGCUAUAAAAAUGAAACACUGAGAAGCUGUUAUUUUUCCUGUCUUUUGGCUUAUUAAGAGGCGUUGUAAACAGUGUUGAAGCUUCGGUGUUUUUGGCUCAAGUAUUUGACAGGUUUAAGUAGAAGCUGAAGCUAAUCCAAACCUGAGUGGUUGACAUAUCAAGUUAGAGAUGCUUUAUUUUAAUGUCGAGCUGUUUAAAAUAAAUCAAAAUAAUUUUACUGCAGGUAAAGCUACCUGGUAUCCAUGCUCUGAUUUCCUCACUGCCUCAAACAGGCAAAAAGUCUUGUAGCUCAACUCAGUAGAAUUGUAGGAAAUUUCCUGUACUGGCUGCAGAAGUAACAACUCAGGAGAAAUAUAACCUGAAGUUUAAGAAACUAUUCAACCAUAUGUAGCUUACAGACAGGUUCAGUGAUGUAUAGAUGUCUAGACUGGCUUUUUGUAAAUCACCACAGACAGAAAAUGUCCAUAAAGACACUAGCAUACUCUUCUUCUCAUAUGAAGGAAAGUCUCUUUGUUGGUUGUGCUGACUGUAGCGGUAGUUUGGAUUACACAUCGUAGACCAAAAAGGGGCACAUUAUUUUGGUCUGACUGUGGAUAGGAUGACUCCUGCUAUAUAAACUUGUGAAGUCAAAAAAAAGAAGAAACCAUACACACUCACUAUUUCUUAAUAGAAUACAGAAUGAAGAGCACUAAUGUGUGGUCAGGCACCAGGAGAGGCAACACUAAAGAUAUUUAUGACAAAAUGAAUUGAGAGUAGCAAUGAAAAAUACUGUACUGUACUGGUCGAAUUUCACUUCAGUACGUAGAUUGAUCUCUAAGGUAGCGAAUGUCUGUUAUACAGUAGCUCCAUAAGUGCUUUAGUGCGGAUAAAGCAAAAUCUCUUUGUUUUCUCCCAUUUGCCAUGUUUUGUCAUGAAACAAAUUUGAUAUAAAAAAAAAGGAAUUGUAAAUAUUUGUUUUGAUUGCUCAGAAUUCAAUGUGUAAAUUUUUUACAUGUCAUCUGAGUUUUGAGGAGAAUGGGCCAUUCUCGCCUGCUUGGAUUUCAAUUCUUGACUAACCCAUCAUCUCCUCUUUGCCUUACUUGUUUUCUCUCUGCGGAUGUGUAGCAGGAAGGUUUUUCAGAUCAUUUCAUGACAAUAUGAGCGUGAAGUUGUACAAAGAAAAUAUCCAAGCUAUGGCAUGGCUUUUUUUUUUUUUUAACAAUAUUGACUGAAUUGAAAUAAACUUCUUAUUGGCACACUGA